GCGUUCAGUCGCUUAGUGUAUGUCGUACACAUCAACUCGUCCACAUAGUGCAUGUAAAAUGUUAAAAGUCUGUGAUAUACAGCGAUCAUUCUAAGCUGUGAAUGGCAAUUGACACAAAAAGUGCUAAAAGUAUCCCCGUGGACGUUUCGUUUGAAUUAUAACCUUGACCAAGGCAAAUUUGCCAGAUAGUGACAAGUAAACCAACUUAGGAGGAGACAAAUGAAAAAGUCGGAGUGUGAAUGUUGUAAUGGGAUAAAAGUUUCUAAAUUAAAAUAAAAAGACGACAAAAAAUCAGAAGUUAAAUAGAUCAACGUGUGUGGGUGUUGUUAAAACUUCAUUCAACAAAAAAAAAAGUUUAAAAGGCAAAAGGUGCGAACAAAGCAAAAAGACAUUAAAAAUGAAUGAGAUGGAGAGCUGAAUUUCUAUUUUAGAAGUUAUAGAUCAGGCGUUUGACACUCUCAAUGAACUGCAAUAACACGAAUAAAACGGAGAUUUUGGUUUUUUGUUUGGUCAAGUUGAAUUUCCGUUUAGACACUGGCUGUAACAAAAGUGUCUUUUUACAAAAAGAAUCAGAAUUGGACAAGAAGUAGAAUAUUCGGUGUUAAUCCGCCACCCAGUUCGACAACGAUUCAGUACAUUUGUGGUAAAAUUGGUAAUUAUCUGAGAGGUAUUACCGGUAUUGGCACAGUCUGACAUUUCAACCUAACAAAAACGAAAGAAAAAUUUUGUGUUCAAAGUGGCAUACCGCUGCAAUCUCUUCUACGCAUACUCACACACUCUCAUUCACAAGAAACUGCUGUAAUGGAUGUUUAACAUGGCAGACGAAACACGAAAAAAAGUUCGUGUUAUUGAACAACUUAAAGUGAAAAUUGGUGAAGCGAAAAAUUUGCAAGGUCGUAAUGGCAGCAACGGACAAACUGGAUACCGAGACGUUUACUGUACGAUUGCAUUGGAUCAGGAAGAAAUUUCGCGAACGCCAACGAUCGAACGGACAUUGGCACCGUUUUUCGGCGAAGAAUAUCAAUUCAAUAUUCCGCGCAAAUUCCGCUAUCUGGCCAUAUACGUCUGGGACCGGGACAAGCAUCUGAAGCAGGACAAAGCCAUCGGAAAAAUUGCAAUCAAACGAGAGGAACUGCAGGUGUACAAUCACAAAGACCACUGGUUUCCAUUGCGACCGGUGGACGCCGAUUCAGAGGUACAGGGCAGCAUCAAUUUGGAAUGGUGCAUCGAUGAGGGAAAUGGCCACUUGAAGCGGAAAUCGAAUUUUGACGAUGGAAGUGGUUUCGGUGGCAGUAGCAAUGAUUACAAGGAGAACAAUUCGAUUGUUUCGCGUAGUGAUAGUGUGAAGACGACUAGCUCGUCGAGUGGCACAUUGGGCAAAACGAAGAGCCUAUUCGGUCACAAUGCGGAAUUGAGUCUGUUGAAGCCGCAGGUGAAAAAGUCCAAUGUGAAUUUCGAUAAUUUUCGGGCGGAUAGUAAAAGCCGAGUGGCAAUCAAUGUGGUGGAGUGUGUAGAUUUAGCUAAGAAAAACGGAUGCUGUGAUCCGUAUGUGGUUCUAACCGCGUUGUAUACGAACAAUCGGAAAUUGACCAAACGAACGAAAGUGAGAAAGAAAACCGUGUCGCCGAGUUUCAACGAAACGCUCUACUUCGAUCUGACUAUCGACUGUGAGACAAAGUCUGACAGCAACAAUGCGUACACGGUUGUGCCGCUGGGCGGAUCCGAUUUGUGUGAAAUUUGCGUGACUGUGUGGCAUGACGCCGGCAUGGGCGAUAAUGUGUUCUUGGGCGAAGUGAAAAUUCAAAUGCGUGGCAACAAGCACCAAGUGCAACCGGGUGCUUGGUACUUUCUGCAACCACGUACGAGCCAUUCACGGCCGGCUCGAUCGUGUGCAACGCCGCCCGGCACGAGACUGAGCUGUGACAAUACGUUGGGCUCGAUGCGACUGCAACUGGUGUACAUAGCCGAUCAUGUCUUUCCACUAGCUACCUACGAUGAUCUGCAAAACUUAAUACUGCUGAGCAUACAUCAGCGACCGAUAACAACGUCUGCAGUUUAUAUCGUCGGAGAAAUAAUUUCCAACAAGACGGAGGUCGCACAGCCACUAGUAAGACUGCUAACACAAAAAAGUAAGAUCUCGCCGAUGAUCAAAGCGCUGGCCGAUCACGAAAUAUCGAAACUCACCGAUCCAACAACAAUAUUUCGUGGCAAUACGCUAGUUUCAAAGAUGAUGGAUGAAGCGAUGCGACUGUCCGGCAUACAUUACUUACACAGUACAUUACGUCCGAUCGUGGAGGCCAUACUACACGAAAAGAAACCCUGUGAAAUCGAUCCGACCCGAGUGAAAGACCAGGCAACGGUCGAAACAAAUUUAGUUAAUUUAGAGGAAUAUGUCGAGAAAGUAUUUGAGGCUAUCACAAAGAGUGCGGUGCGAUGUCCGUCUGGUUUAUGCCAAAUAUUCCACGAUCUCAGGGAAUGUGCAGCUAAACAUUUCCCACACAAUAAGGAAGUACGGUAUUCGGUUGUGUCGGGCUUCAUAUUUUUGAGGUUUUUUGCACCGGCCAUUUUGGGACCAAAACUGUUCGAUUUAACGUCGGAACCGCUGGACACGCAAACAACUCGUACGCUCACCCUCAUAUCGAAAACGAUCCAAUCGCUUGGUAAUUUAGUCAGUUCACGUUCCGCACAGCAGCCGUGCAAGGAGGUGUACACGGGCCAGUUGUACAAAAAGUUUUGCAGCGAGAAACACGUUGAGGCGGUAAAGCAUUUUUUAGAAGUGAUCUCAUCGGUUGGAUCGAACCCGCAAGAAAAUACGAUACUAGAACCGGUGCUGUUGAAAGAGGGUGAUUGGAUGAUGACGAAACGAUCUCAGAGCCGAAAGAGGUUUGGCCGACGCAACUUUAAGCAACGAUAUUUCCGACUCACUACACAAUCGUUAAGUUAUGCCAAAGCGAAGGGCAAAAGAUCCAUCUGUGAUAUACCAUUGUCGGAAAUAUUAGCCGUAGAAAGACUUAACGAGAAAAGUUUCAAAUUACAAAACAUAUUUCAGAUUGUACGAAAAGAUCGAACACUCUACGUACAAACGUCCAACUGCGUUGAGGAGAAAGAAUGGGUGGACCUUCUAAGCAAAAUAUGCCAAAGCAAUGCUGCCCGAUUGCAAUAUUACCAUCCUUGUGCGUACAUACACGGUGUAUGGACAUGCUGCCAAAAGGACAAUCAAAAUGCUCAAGGAUGCGAAUCCGUGUCGCCGUUCCAAAUCGAAUUGCCCACGAAUCUCGAUCCGGCCAGAGAUCUGCAACGAUUGAAUUCGCUGAUCGUCGACCACAUCGAACAAUUGGACAAAUUCAAUACGGUCGGUGCCAGUCUGGCCAACGGCUACGAAGACCUGGUGCAGACGCGUAAAACGGCCGCCGAUUUGAAGGACGUUGCAGUGAAUUUGAAACAGAUCAAUGCUCGCUACAAAUCGGCACUGAUGCGGGAAAUGCGCUACGGGAGUAUGCAGCAUCCGAUUGGUGAUGAUAACUAUUUGCAUAUGAGCCGGAAUGGACUGGCGCAGCAGAUUCAAUCGGUAGGAUCGAAUUAUUUUUGUGAACAGAGGUCGUUUACGUAGAUCUAUUUUGGCAACAUCAGGUGCGACGGAGUGGAGGGUUUUUGUCGGUUAGUUGCAUAAGUUUUUAUUUUU